UGUUUCGCGCACGUCCUUCAAGUAGGUAUUUCACGUUUAUCGCCUGCUAAUAAUUUUAAAUUCAGUACUCAUUCAACCGUUGGAUAGAGAUGUCUACGUUUUGAGUGCGUGGUGUUUUCCGUAUUUUGUGCGCACUGAUAAGAUAAAUAAAAAUGGAUAUUGAACGACAAUACGAAACCAUCGAACAACUCAAACGCUCCGACGUUAAAGCUUUGGAGAACUGGAUUGCAAGUCAACCACAUCUACCAAAAACCAGUGAAUCGCAUCUUAUUCUUGUCUUAUUCAGUUGCGAAUUCGAUUUGGAGCGCACAAAAAAAUGUCUGGAGUUUUACUACACAAUACGUGCAUCUUACACGUCGGUGUUCGCAAAUCGUGAUCCAGAGUUACCAAGGAUUAUUCAAGGAUUAAAGUCCUAUAUCUUUGAACCAUUUCCUCAGCUGACAAACGAUGGCUACGGAGUAUUCUACGCUAAAUUAAUCAAUCCAGCCAUAGAUAAUUACGAUUUUCACACACAAAUGAAACUAAUGGAUAUGCGAGUACAUGUUUGGCUUCGUGAAGUGGGUUGUGUAAAAGGAAUCACUUUUAUUAUUGAUAUGACGGGCAGUUCCAUACGGCAUCUGCAUAAACUUGGAUAUUUUAAUGGCAGAAAAGCGUUGAGUUAUAUGUUGGAAGGACUUCCUGUUCGUUUAAGAGCAGUGCAUAUUGUCCACCCAACAAAUUUUGUUGAUGCAGUAUUUACGAUUGUACAUCCGUUGAUAUCUGCGGAAUUGCGUUCAAAUUUGCAUGUACAUCAUGGUGACUCCAUAUUGGAUGUUCUACCAAAGAAUUGUAUUCCAAAUGAACUCAAUGGGACCGGUGGUGCUGUAGAUGAUCUUCACAAGAAUUUUAUUGAAACUAUCAAAAAGAAUCGCGACUACUUUUUGGAAGAUGAACAGUAUAAAGCUGACGAGUCAAAACGUGUUAAACAAGGCUUAUUAAAACGUUUUGGCUUUUGAAACACUUAUAGUUUGAAAAAGAUUGUUUUGUUAUUAAUUUGUUACUAUAAUUAAAUAAAAACAGUUGUAAUUUA